AUGUGGAGUGCAUCAACAGCGCCUUGCUUCGUGCGUGGGCAUUGGUAUGCCUUUUUUUUUUUGCUGUUUUCCCUCUCGUGCACCGACGUGCGGCUGUCAGUGCGUCUUCAAAGGCGAACUUGUAGGCCGCCGUCGGACCUCGCAAGAGGCAUGCCGCCGAUCCUCUCAACGACUUCUGCAGAUGUGGACUUAUACGGUGCAAUCGAGCGUGUUCGACGCGCCAUCACGCCUACGCACGCUCACAUGCACAAAUGCAAAGGAGGAAAAGGGAAACGGCUGCUUGGUCCGGAGACAGAAACCUGCGGCCCACACUCGCUCUUUUGCUGCUGCUUGCUGAUGCACUUCGUGACCCAAUGCUGUGGCCGACUUUUGUGGUUGACGUGCACUCCGACCUGCUGUCUCACGGAGUGCACGCAGCGAAGCGCUCGUGCAGUGAGUAAAAACGAAGAACGGUGGGCAAUGAAAACGCUGCUCGAAGCAUCGCGACGAGAGACACGUGUGGCCUUGAAGAGCACCUUUGGAAAACAGGCGAUGGUUAAUAACAGUUUUAAUAACAAAACGCAGCAGCACUCCUUUUUUUCUUUUCUGUCUUUUCAUCUGGCAAGUUUUAUACCGCUCGACGCCGAUGUAUUUGCCCUCUUUUUAUCGGCCGUGUGA